AGCCAGCAUUAAAGCAGGGUCACCUAAAAUAUUCAGCUUGUUGGCAAUUGUUUUAUUUAUUUAAAUGUAUAAAUGCAGUUUUUCAUUACAGAUUGAUGAAACAGUCAGAGGUGCAGUGGCUGCUGGUUAUAAAUGGGAAUGCUUCCCAAUGGGAAAUUACAUAAUUUCCUAUAGUGUUUGUGCAUAGCAUCAGUGAGUUUGCUUUAAUAUUAUGAUGUAAUGCUUAAUCAAGCGUUUAUUAAAGUGAUGUCAUAGGCGAUGAUGUUUGGCGUCGGGUAUUGUGACAUCAUACUGCUCGCGUUCCAUUAGACGCGUAUAUAAAGAGCCGCGCGCAGAUCUGCAGUCACUCACUCAUUUUCUGGUUAUCUGAGCGGAAGCAAAGAAAAUCAUCGAAAGAGACGAGACGAUUGCAAAGCGAUCAAAAGCAUUGAGAGUGUGAAAGUUACGAAUUACACAAGUCUACAACCACUUCUACUGAAGAGUAUUGGUGUUUGUUCACAAGUGUUUUUUGACUGCUUGUCCACUCAAAUAUCAUGGCCUCAUCCAGGUUGUCCCUCCGUAACACCGAGGGCGGAACUGAUGAGAAGAGAGGCGACCAUGCGCUUGAAGUCGGCGAUUGUAGCGAUCGUUUCCCGGGUCUGACCAUCCAUCAGUCACGGGAUUCAUUGCUCUUCGCUGAUGGAAAGUUUGUUAAGGCGUCUCUUAUACAAAAUCUGGACGAAAGUCCAGAAGGAUGUUUGACCCUCAGUAACACCGAGGGUCGCAUCAAUAUGAGCAGAGGUGUCAGCAGACCGAAAGUCGGUGGUUGUAGUGAUCGUUUCCCUGAUCUGACCAUCCAUCAGUCACGGGAUUCAUCGUUCUUCCCCGAUGGAAAGUCUAAGACACCUUUUAUUUACACUUUGGACGACAGUCCAAAAGCAUGUUUGACCCUCAACAACACCAAGGGUGGAAUUGUUGAUGGAUUGAAGGUCGGCGUUUGUAGCGAUCGUUUCCCUGAUCUGAACACCUGUCAGUCACGGGAUUCAUCGCUCUUCGCUGAAGGAAAGAUUGUAAGAGAGAGUUUUAUUGACACUGUGGACGACAGCCCAAAAGUAGGCAGUGAGGGGAAGGGGGCAGGGAUCCGUGGGCUCUUCAAUAGAGCUUGCAAGGCUGUAGCGCGCCCCUUCCUCAGCUGCCGGAGUAACAAGGUUAAACCUAUUGUUCCUCCACUGAAGCCGGACAAAUCAUCUUCAGGGCUGUCUGUCCAGUAUGCAUCCCGUCCCCAGGACAGUUUGGACUCAGGUUCUUACUGGGUCGGGGAUACAUCAGAUGCAUGUCCGGCUCAAGCGAAAAGUUCAGCCAAAGUUUGGUCUAUGGCUGACCAGACUUCUUACACGGGUUCAUUUCUCGAAGAAACGCAUGUAUUGGAUACAUCGGACAUUGCGUCCGCUUCCUUAGAUGACAGUGCCGAUCACAGGAAAGGCGUUCAAGGCCUGAUGAAUGCCCAAUCAGGUUCCAUAGAGACCUUAAGUCUCGAUGCUCACAGUGGCGUGAAGGCAUCUAGUAGAGCUGUGAAGAGAAGAUCUUUAUCAGCUGACAGCAGGUCCAGUGAGAUGACAGACGAGUCAUCAGAAGCCACAAACCUGGACUUUGAAUAUGGCAUGAAUAUGGCAGAGAUCUGCCCAGAAGAACAAUGUGCCAAAGAGAAGGCAGGAAAGUGGGGGUUCUUAAAGAGAACCUGGAAGGCUAUAGAGCGAACCUUCCUCUCCUGCUGCAGUACCAAAGUGGAGCCUUUUGUGCCUCCAUCAGACACUUCCCCAUUUUAUCAAGAAAGUCUUGAGGAUCAUGUGGAGACUUACUAUAACUUGGGGAAUAUUUUGGGUCAAGGUACCUUUGGAAGUGUCUAUGAGGCAACACGUAUUUCUGAUGGCAAAGAGGUCGCCAUCAAAUUCAUACGCAAGUGUGUCGGUGACCGUACUCUUGCUAUUCCUGGCUAUCCUGAUCCUCUGAUUACAGAAGUGGCACUCUUGGUUAAGAUGAGUGAACCUCCCUUAAGCCCAAAUGUAAUCCAGAUGUUCGAAAGUUUUGAAGACGAUGAGAAAAUAGCAAUUGUUAUGGAGUACCCCCAGCCCUGCAUAACCUUAAAGGAUGGCAUAACAGACAGAGAGAUGUUAUGUGAAGAAGUGGCACGUAUAUUAAUGGGUCAAGCGGUGCAGGCAGUAAUCGACUGCAUUGAUCACGAUGUCGUUCAUACUGACAUACAUCCUGGUAACAUCCUGAUCAACACCGACACUUUAGACCUGAAGUUAAUUGACUUCAGUUGUGGUCAGCUGUUUACCAGUGAUGUCUAUGACAUAAGUCAGUAUGUAGGAAACCAAGAGUACUGCCCACCCGAGGUCACAGAGAGGAAAAAAUUUCAUGCCAUCUCUGCCAACGUCUGGUCUCUUGGUUUGCUCCUCUUUGAAAUGGUCAACGGAUGUUUGCCUGAUCCAGAGUCGGAGGAAGUCCUGUUUGUGAAUCCUGACUUAUCGGAAGCAUGUCAAGAUAUUAUUAGAUGGUGUCUAGCACAUGAUCCAGAUGAUCGACCCACAUUACAUCAGAUCUUACAGCACAGCUGGUUUGAUGAAUGAAGUCAGUCAGGGUCUUCUGUUCAUCACUGUUGUCAGACGUCAGGUUGGAUCUAAAAGUGCUGGACACUACACAGGACUGAGCAAACCAGACCAGACCAGACCUCAUUGACCUUAUAAAAUACUGUAGAUAUAUAAAAUACUGUAGAUAU